UACAAGUGUCACGGCUGCUUCGGUGAGCCCCUCUUUUGCACAAAUUGCUGCAGGAAGGAGCAUGUGAGGCUUCCCUUCCAUCGAAUCAGCCAAUGGACAGGUGGAUUCUUUGAGGAGAGCUGCCUGGUUAAGACUGGCUUGGUGAUCUCACUGGGGCACAACGGAAAUUCUUGCCCA